AUGCACUCCACGGUUGCUCGAAAAACAUUACCCAUUCCCAAAAAUACCAAAAAAUUGAAAUAUGGUUCAGGCUUUGAUUAUGAUGCCGCUGAGAAUGAUACCAAAACUCCUUUGGCAAGAUUGUGGAUCAUGAAGGAUUUGAUUCAAAAUUCAAAUUCAGACUACCGAGACCACCCAAUCAAAUCACCAAAUCAGACAUCUGAUAAACUCGAAACAAAUGAUGACAAAAUUAAUUCUCUUUGCAAAUUAAUAAGAGAAAACUUUGAUGAUGAAUUAAAGUUUAGGGUCGUUCGUAUGAUUCCAACUUUCAGUCAACAGAAAGCAACAGAAACGAAGGAUUAUGACUUGUAUUUCUCUUCAGAAAAGACAAAAAAUAACGAAGGAAUAAUGACUGAAGUUCAAGACCAACCAAUUCUGACCUAUCAUAAGUAUAGAAUUCUUUCCAAGUACUUUAAAUGGAAAAUGGAAAAACACAUGUUACACCAUUUGGACAACCUUGAUCUAAACAGGAUUUUUCCAUCAGGUAUAUCGAUAUACAACAGCAUCAACUUGUGUGAUACUACAAUUUAUUCCAAACUCGCAUAUCUUCUUUGUUUUACCAAUGCCAAAAAGCAAUAUUUAUGCGACAAUAAUAGAAUCCCAUAUAACAUAUACAGUGCUUAUCAUGUGGUACUUAGAUCUAUUACGAAAUGCAUGUAUUUUUACUGGCUGGAAAGUCAAGAUGUAAAUAAUCGUUUUUUUAGCUUGACUGAGGAUUUGCAAGAUGAUGUUGAUAGUGAUGACGUUUUUACAUCUGAUAAAGGGACAUGUCUAGAAGUUGAUGAAGAGAGUCUUAUGAAUUCUGUGUCACACAACGUAAUAGAGUAUCGAAAAAUGUUUAUUUCUUCUGAUAGCUCCUCAAUCUUUAAGAAAAUUGAUAAAUUUAGAAAUUUAGAGGAUGGAGAUCGAGAAAUGCAUGCUAUAUUUGAAAACAAUAAUUUGGAAAUAAUUGAUCCAACAAAGAUCUGUGCACACUUUGAAAAAGUUGGAAUGGCAGUAGCGACAGAAUUUGAUUAUUCUGCUUUGUCAUCAUUUGGAGUUCCCAAUUUUCAAGCCUAUCCAACGUCAAGAAACUGCUUCUAUUUGAAUAGUAUAUUUAGAAUUGAGUUGAAAAAAGUUCUACCUUCUUUAUUUAGUGACUUUUUCGAUGAUACCAAGGUGCUAUUCAAAGUAAUCACAUUUGGAAACUUGUCAUUGUAUCCAAUUACCACCUUGCUAUUGCAUAUCAUUUUAGAAAAUGGAAAGACAGUGCCAAAAGAUUUGAGUCAAGAAGAUUUACUGAACAAACCUUCAGCUGGGGUUGACGAACGUAUAACCUUGAAUUUUGUGAACUUUAAAGCUGAAGAUUUGAGCAUGGUAUUGACCAACGAUAGGCGUCCCCGUAGAAACCCAAUACCGAAUUUAGUUACACCAUUUUCUCUGUUAACCAAUUCUAAUUCCCUGACCUCACUUUAUUCAAAUAGUAUGAAAGAACAGAUUUUGAAGUAUGUGGCGACUGGAGUCGAAACAAUUAACUUGUGGAACUAUGAAAUAAGGUACAAAUCCAUUGGCCAAGAAUUGUUGCUCUUACAAAUUUUCUUUCCUCAAUUGCAUGACAUUAAUAUCCUGCUCAAUCAACGCUCGAAUGAAUACGAUCGGUUAGGUCCUGUUGCCAAUACGCUGAUAGAUCUUAAUGCACAAACCAUUCGUGAUUUAUGGCAUAAUAGGAACGAUAUUUCAUAUGAAAAGAUUAACAUAUUGAUCGAAGAACGCAAGCCCUUAAUUUUGGAUCUCAAGAAUUCACCCACCUUUACGAUUCCGCAGCCAAACGAUGAAGAUCCUUUACUUGAGAAUGUACUUUUUUCAAAUAACUCUGCAGCAACAAUUGAAACAACAGAACGAAAUGAAAAGGAACUUACUCUUAGAGUUAUGCACAUUGCUCAAUUGAAGUGGGACCAACUGCAACAUUUCGUACAAACUACUGGUCUUUACAUCAACAGUAUUAUUGCACUAUUGAUCUAUCAAAAACAAGUUCCGAUGGCUGUAAAAAAGGACCUUUUAACUAAAGCUCUUCAUGAGAUUUCAAUACCUAUCAAAGAUCUCAUUUCAACUAAAAGCGGGAGCUAUGCUGAAGGUGCGCGAAUCAUAGAGGAGUACUUGAUAUUCAAAGCAAAUCAAAGAGGUGAAGGCCUAUUGAAUGUCACACAAUUUAGCAAAGGACAUAAUUUUGGACAAAAAUUGCUUUGCUUUAUGUAUUACGGAUGGAAUAUAUUCAAAAAUAAGAAAGACCUUGAGAAAUUAUUCUUUAUAUUGCACCAUAGUCCAUACAGAACCGAAAGCUUGAAGGAAUUAAAGAGUUUGCUGACUGCCAAAGUACUUUAUGAAAAUGGAAGCAGGCAAUUAUUUGUGAAAUAUUUAGCUCAACAUAUCGGCGGACAAAUCAGAGAGGAAGAAAUUGAUGAAAUUGUAACAGCUGUAGAAUCUGGAAAACAUCUCCCUCAUUCAAACAAUACUGACUACGAAGAAUGCAAGAAAAUAUUAACUCUGUUUUUUACGUACCUAAGUAGACCAAAGCAUGACAAUUUAUUCAAAGAACAAAUGUUUCAACUCGAUGCCAACAAGCAGUUUUUCAUGAUGUUGAGUGUCAUUUCUCAAGGGGAUAUGGAUAGUCUUGAUGUCAUUAUGAAUUUAGGUUAUGAAUUGGAUUAUUUUAGUGAAUUAUUUAACAAAACCUAUACCACAUACAUUAUCAAAUCUCAUCUAACACGUGAAGCAAAAACAAAGCAGUUAUAUCCUGAAUCUAUUGAGAUGAUCAGAGUUAAACAAAUGCUGAAAAAUAUUUAUCAGAAAGGAUUGUCUUUGGAUGAAACGUUUAUGUCUUCCACUCUUGAUGCGACUGUCUUUGAGGGUAUAUCAACGAUCCAGGUUGACUUAUUUUCCACAAUGGUUCGCUCACCAAACGUGCCUUUAACAAUUUUGCAACAAGUUUUAGAAAAAGGAAUCAACAAGGAUCAAUUACUGUUUGCCGAUGCUUACGGUAAUACCUGCCUACAUGCAGCAUUGUUUAGUACUCUUGAGCAUCCUUCCUUCUAUCAUGCGUUACUAACUAAACAACCCAGGUUGGUUAACAUGGCCAAUAGCGAUUUAAACACUCCAUUGCAUAUUGCAUGUUACAAAAUUGACUUAUUGCCUGCCGUUGCUCGAGUACUUGUUGAGUACGGAGCAAAAUUGGAUGCAUUGAAUUGUCAAGGGCUAACACCAUACGAAAUUGCAAGUCAUACGGUGAUGGCUAAUUUGGCUAGCUCUCAUCACCUUGUCCAAGAGUUGUCUUGGUUAAAGCCAAAUGUGUCAAACUUCAACAAGAGGGAAAUAUUCCAACGAAUGAUUGCAGAAAAGAGUAUCAGAUAA